AUUUCAUGCGACCCAUUACUUUUUCACUAUCGCCAAAUUGUUGUGUGUUCAAUAUACCUCAACACUUGAUCUCGGUUACUGAAGUAUAUGAUCAGUAACCAGAUUGUUACAAUAAAAGAGGAAAAAUGGACGAAUUGCGGUCGUUUUUCAACGACCCUCGUCCAUCGCAGUCUAAUGUGGUAAAACUUAAAGGACCCUUAACUGCCGGUUUUCGUAUCACGAAAGAAGACACGCUAAAUGAGCUGAACAGACGAGAAGAUCAUCGGCAUUCAGUUAUUUUGAGCGGCACUGAUUACGCCCGUGAAGUUAAGGAACGGGAGAUUGCGGCUUAUUUGAAGCAUGAAAGCGAACAUGAUCGCUGGGACAGCAUGUCCGACCGACUGGAGUCUUUGGAGCAUCUGUCCUCACUGGGAACAUCUCUGCCGAAUAUUGGAGAGCUGACGGAGGAAGCCAUGACUGAAGUGUACAGCAAGUACUCGUUCCAAAUGAAAGAAGACACCAACAAUUUAUCCAUCAACAGCUCUAAAACUGAUAUUUUAAAUCGCAUCAGAGGGUUCCCUGUUGUCAUCAUAGAAGGGCCCACAGGCUGUGGCAAGACCACACAAGUGCCGCAGUGGAUCCUGGACGACUGCCACCAGCACCGCAGAGCUUGCAAGAUCAUAGUCACGCAGCCGAGGAGGAUCGCUGCCAUGUCCAUUGCUAAAAGAGUUGCGCAGGAGCGGGGAUGGGAUGUUGGUGGGCUUGUCGGUUAUCAGGUUGGACUAGAGAACAGGACAUCUAAUGACACAAGGAUCCAUUAUGUGACAACAGGAGUAUUAUUGCAGAAAUUAGUAAAUGCCAAAACAAUGAAUGAAUACACCCACAUAAUACUCGACGAGGUCCACGAACGCGGUCAAGACAUGGACUUCCUCUUGCUAGUCGUCAAGAAGCUGCUAUACACAGUGUCGCCAACAGUGAAAGUGAUACUGAUGUCGGCCACGUUCCAAACGCAGAAGUUUGCUGACUACUUCAUGAUCCCCACGCCGAGGGGGCAGCACAUGGCUUCUUGCAUACAAGUGAAUAAGAAGGAUCCAAUGUUCUCCGUGAAAACGUUUUAUCUGGAGCAGCUGAGUAAAUUUGGUUCGCUCGUCGAAGCCUGUAUGCCCAAAGCUCACGAACCAACCAUAAUCACCGAGAUGUACCAUCUUGUUGUGAAGCUGGUGAACGCAUUUGAGCAGAUUGACAUGACGGAGGACAAGAUCACCGACCGGUCGGAGGCUGACCUGCCUUCUGUGUUGAUAUUCCUACCGGGAAUAAAUGAGAUUGAGGAACAGUAUAAUGCAUUAACUGACCUGCAAUUGAGAAAGAAAAUAUCCCCGGAAUGUCCCCGCUACAACUGGUGGGUGCUGCCCCUGCACUCCACCAUCACGGCGGACGAGCAGGUCCGAGUGUUCCAGCGCGCGCCGCCCGGCCACCGCAAGAUCAUCCUCGCCACUAACAUCGCUGAGAGCUCCAUCACCGUGCCCGACAUCAAAUAUGUGAUUGACUUCUGCCUGAUGAAGAUCUUAGUAGCGGACUCAGCUACCAAUUUCUCAACUCUGAGCCUGAUCUGGGCGUCUAGGAGCAACUGCGAGCAACGUGCUGGCCGCGCGGGUCGUGUGCGUGACGGCCGCGUGUACCGUCUCGUGCCCGCCAAGUUCUACGACAAGUUCCAACAAGACAGCCCGCCUGAGAUCGUCCGCUGCCCGCUGGAGCGCCUCGUGCUGCUAGCCAAGAUGCUGGACAUGGGCCCACCCAGCGACGUGCUCGCGCUCGCCAUGGACCCGCCCGAGAUGUCCAACAUACAGCGCACCAUGCUCGUGCUCAAGGAGAUCGGAGCCCUAAAGAAGACAGUGGACGGCGAGUGGUCGUCAUCAGACGGCGACCUCACGUACAUGGGCCGCAUCAUGGCGCGCCUGCCGCUCGACGUCAAGGUCUCCAAGAUCAUCAUACUGGGACACAUCUUUGGAUGCUUGGAUGACAGCAUCAUUAUGGCCGCCGCACUGUCGGUGAAAAACGUAUGCAGCAGCCCGUUCCGCGAGCGCCUGAACGCCUACAACGCCAAACUGACUUGGGCCGAUGGUUCCACCAGCGACUGCGUCGCUUACCUGCACAUAUACAAAGUGUGGGACAAAUUCCGGCAACAGCAGUUCUUCAAGCAGAAAGGCAACAGCGAAGCGGGCUGGGCGCGGCGCUUCUACGUGCAGCUGCGGGCGCUGCGCGAGCUCGGCGACAUGGUGCGCGAGCUGCGCCGCCGCCUCGGCCGCGAGGGCAUCGAGGCGUCCAAGGGCUCGCCCUGGGCCCGCAACCAUCUCGCCUUCGUGCACAAGGUGAUACUCGCGGGCGCGUUCUACCCGCAGUACUUCGUGCACGGCUCGCAGAACGAGACGCGCGAGCGAGAUGCACUACGUGAACUAAGCGGACUUGACCCGCGCACCACAGUAUACUUGAAGAAUUUCCCUGACCAUCAGCCCGGCCACAUCUACGCCGCGGCCAUCAGGAACAAGGUGCACGAGCUCAUCAAGGAAGAACCACGCGUCACCUUCGACAACAACAGCAGGAAAGUUUUCCUGACCUUCCCGACUAGCGAAGAAACCUGUAGCCGCGGCAAAUCUGCAGAUGGAGACCCAACGAUCCCUGGCCAAAUAUUGUUGGCAGUGUACAAGGCUGUGAAGGCGAGACAACUGAAGAUGGACAUCAGAAUACCUCUGUUACCGUUGGAGGAAGCAAAAGCCCUCGCCGAGAAGAUGACUCAGAGCCGAUCGGCCAUACCCAAAGAGCUGCAAGUGCCGCGGCUGCCCAGCAUCGACCAGACAUAUUUUCCCCUCAAAGUGACCCAGGUGAUAAGCGUGGGCAAGUUCUUUGUGCAAUACGACGAAGAGACCGCAAUGAGCGAGCUCAACGAGAUCCAAGCAACACUCAACUGCAGCAAGCUCCUGAGUUACACGGACCCCGUAUCUCCUGGGGACCUGGUAGCCGCCCCGUAUACUGACCAGUGCGUGUAUAGAGCACGGGUGCAGAAGGUGCUCAAGGACAUGGUUGAGAUCGCAUACAUCGACUUCGGUACGUUCGGCCGCCUCGCCAUCUCGAGCCUGCGCGAGCUGCCCCCAGGCCUGUGCCUGAGCACGCCGCCGCUGGCCAUGGCGUGCCGGCUGGCGGAGGUGGCGCCGGCGCCGCUGUUGGAGUCGCACGCGCACUGGAUCCUCCGCGCCGAGGACAUGUUCAAACGCUUCGUGAGCCAGCCGCGCCUCUAUGCCAAGAUAUACUCGGUGGCGCACGGAGUGGUGUCGAUCGAGUUGCUAGCUAAAGACGGCAACUACAGCCUUAACAAGGAGCUCGUCGACGCCAAGCUCGCCAUCACCUGCGAGGAGAGCUACGAGUCCAAGCUGAACCACGACCUGCGGCAGUCUGCGUGCGCGCUGAACUCGAAGCUCAGCAUGGCGCAGAUCCGCGCCUGCAACCGCGAGCAACUGGAACACGCGUACCGCGAGCUGCGCGAGGUGGACUCGCCCGACGCCCGGCACUGCUACACCGACUGCUGCCUCAAGGGGCCCUUCAGCCCUCUGGAGGGAACGGUCCACAACCUGAUGUAUGGCAGCCGCGAGACGCAAGUGAACAUCGAGUGGAACUCUAUCAACUCCGUGCUGCUCGACACGGAGCCCCAGCGCGCCUACGAAAGGUUGCUGAUAGCAGCUGAUGUGGGUCAAAGCGAACACAGCAACAAACUGACUCUGCGGCAUACUACCCUCAUGCCCAACGUGCCGGGACUGCCCGCUAUCAUCGCGCUCCUGUUCUGCCCCACGGCGGAGCUGCGGCGCGGCGCGUGUGGUGCGCGGUACUGCGCGGCGCUGUGCGGGCUGGGCUGCACGCCCGGCGGCGCGCCGCUGUUCCCCGAGCACGACCUGCUCGUCAACGUCGACGCCGACCUCGACACCGAGGACGUCAGCAACAUUAAUCACAUCCGAUACCUGAUGGACUACUCGAUCUACUGCCGCGAGGGACAGGACACGCCCGCCAUCGACGACGAGGCGCGCCAGAAGGUGCCCGGCACCAUCCGCGACAUUCUCUUCAAACUGAUGGAGAAGCGGCGUAAACACCGCGAGCCUGAAACCAUCCCUAACGCCUGGGAGUGGAACUCCGUGCCCGAAGACGAGCUGCUCGAGAUCGCGGCACCAGAACUAACAGCCUGUGCCACCGCCUACCCGCUCCACUCGCCGCAGGAGCUGCGCCCCAUAUCUCGAGAACAUCUCGACCACCUCAAGCGGGAGGUCGACAAGCUACGCCUGCUGGUCGACAGAUCGUCAAUCUCAUCGAGCGCGGAGUUGUCCUGCCCGCUGUGCAGCACGCCGCCCAUGCCCACGCACGCAAUGCGCAUACAUCUGUAUUCCAACUCGCACAGGGAAAAGGAGGAGGACUUUGCAAUCUUCAACGCCUAAAGGGGCUUUAUCGCGACCUACCGGUACCAGUGUAUUCAAUAGUUGUUUACAGUUGUCAAAAGCUCAAGUGUUGGAAGAUAAUCCUUUAUUGUUCACCGAAUAUAUGUCUCACACUCGUCUCUACAACAUGGUAAAUAAAACAAGAAAGCUGACAAUGCCUCUACAAAAAAUGGGAGGUACGUGAAUAUGUAUAGACUUUAUUCGUCCAGGUCUACACCAAAUGGUACCAGUGUCUUUGAUGAUUGUUUUCAGUAUUUUCAAGUGCCCAAGUGGAGGUGAAAUUAAAACGGCUUUAAGUUCUAAAUUUAUGUCUUCCCUGUGUAAGUUAGGAAUGUUUAACUACACCCGACGGUACCAGUAAUAAACAGGGUAUUGUAUGAUUUUUUUCAGUCACAUUUAUAUGUAAAAUGUAUGUGACGAGACAUAGACUGCUUUUCUUAGUAGUUCUGUAAUAAAGAAGAGGUACUAAAUUAAGUGGAUAUAAAUAUAACAGUAAAAUAUUUGCUAUUAUCCCGUUAUCUCAAAUAUAGAUUUAAGUCUAACUUUUGUUUCCUAUUUUUGUUGUUAGAGUUUAUUUUUAUUUUCUUACUUGCCGAUACGUAAUUGAUGCGUAGGCAAAUAAACUGUGUUUUUUGUUAUAAACUAUGGUUUUGUAUGAUCUGAUUGUGCUGACUAAUCUUAUUACUAAUAACUUAUUGACAAGUAGGACGUUCGAUAGUUUAUUAAAGUAAAAAUAAUAAUACAUGUUUACAUAUACAUUUUUGGCUAUAAACAACCAGUACCAUUUUAUAUGCCUCGCCGUCGUUUCAAAGUAAGGUAAGUUGAGGUAAGAACAACACUAAAGGCGCUGAUACACUUGAGCAUUCACUUGAACAGAACAUCGAACAUUCGUCGUUUUAAAAUUUGUCGAAUUUCUUUUAUUAUUGUAACGUAACAUUCACUAGAAUGCUCAUUACAAUGGGGUUGGCCGGUGGAAGUUUUUAGCAGAUGGC